AUGAGCCAAGAACCGUACGUGGGCCAGCGAAUCUCCUACGGCGGCGCACUCUGCACCGUUCGCUACGUCGGUGAUGUCGCUGGCACAACUGGCUCCUGGCUAGGCGUAGAAUGGGACGACGCUACGCGCGGGAAACACGACGGCUCGCACAAAGGAGUGCGCUACUUCACAUGUCUCUCAAGGUCGUCUACCGCAGCAUCCUUUGUGCGCCCCACGCGGCCCAAGGACGACGGCCAGGGCUUCUUGUCCGCCCUCAAGGAGAAGUAUCUCUCUGACCCGUCUCAGGAUAAAAAUGGCCAGGAGGGCGCUCAGAUCGUGAUUUCUGGUAGAAAAGUCGCGGAGGAAGUUGGGUUCGACAAGAUUUGGAAGAAGCUUUCGCAGGUUAGGGAUCUGAAGAUUGUGAUUUUGGAUGGCCUGCGAAUUGCGACCGCUCGACAGGAUGGAGAUGACUCUAUAGCGGAAUCAUGCCCGAGUAUUGUGCAUGUUGAUCUGAGUAGGAAUUUGUUUGAGACUAUAGGGCCGGUGGUGGAUAUUUGCGCUGAGUUGACGACCUUGAGGAAGCUCAGUAUCAAUGGCAACCGAUUUCAGAACCUCUUGAAAGAUGCAGCCCUAGACAAAAUCGGCGUGGCAUUCCAAGGCGUUACAGAUUUAUCACUUGAAGAGGCCUUGCUCAGCUGGGAGGAGUUAUGCGCCAUUGCUACACGAUGUCCCAGUUUAACGACCUUCAAUGCUGGCUCAAAUCAACUGACCUCCCUCCCAGAGAUGAACCAUCUCUCUCUUUCAGACACACUAACCUCCAUUAAUCUCGAAUUCAACGACUUCACCGCCCUCUCUGACAUCGCAAGUCUCACCUCCCUAACCGCCCUCCGAAACCUCCACCUUAAAGGCAACAACAUCACCGCCAUUUCACCAGACGAAACACCAGGACCUAUAUUCCCCCCAUCCCUACAAUACCUCGACGUCUCAUACAACAACAUAUCCACAUGGUCCUUCGUAGACCUCCUCCCCAAACACCUACCCGGCCUCAAUGCCCUCCGCCUCUCCCACAACCCCGUCUACGACGCCGCCAAAGACGACGACAAGAAGGCCUCAUCCUCCGAAGAAUCACACAUGUUCACCAUCGGACGACUCGCCAACCUGAAGAGCCUGAAUUUCGCACAAGUCAAAACGGCGGACCGAACAAACGCCGAGAUGUUUUACUUGUCACGGAUAGCGAAGCAACUUGCUACGGUUCCUGAAUCCGCAGAGCCUACCAUCCUGGUCCAACACCCGCGGUAUAAGGAACUGUGCGAUAUUUACGGUGAGCCGGAUGUGAUUCGUAGGGAUGAAGUGAACCCUUCGUUUUUGGAAGCACGUUUAAUCACGGUGGCGUUUCAUUUUGAGGGCCAGCAGAACAAGGUGGCCAAGAUACCCAAGUCUUUUGAUGUCUAUGCGGUCAAGGGCGUUGCUGGGAGGUUGUUUGGCUUGUCGCCGCUGAGAGUGAAGUUGGUUUGGGAGACGGGGGAGUGGGAUCCGGUGGCUGGGUAUGAUGAUCGCGAUGGGGAGAGUAGUGAUGAGGAGGAACCGGAUGAUGAUGAGGCGGAGGAGAUGGGUGAAGAGGGCGGUGCGAAGAAUGGCAGGUCUGGACGCUGGAUAAAGAGGGAGGUGGAGUUGAGGGAUGGGCCGAAGCAGUUGGGCUAUUGUGUUGAUGGACUGGAUGUGUCUAUUCGGGUUGAGAUGCCGUGA